AUGCCCGAAUCAUCCAACCCAAAUUCUACUACCAUUCCAGCUGGCACUGGCACAGGUGGUAGCAAGAAGAGAGCUGGCUCUCCUCUUGAAGCCUCCAAUGCGUGGGUGGCUGACAUCAUUCGGGAGGCGACCACUAGGCAAGUGCACGAAGAACUGAAAGCUAUUUUUCUCAAUGGUGCACCCGACAUGGCGGCAGCCACUGCAUUCUUCAAGGAAAUCAACCAAAAGAUCCGCAACGCAAAUACUGAGCAUAACACCGACUCCGAGAACGGAAUCAUCCCUGAAUAUAUCUAUCAGGAAUUCUAUAGCACCUGGCUAAACAUACUGGACAAGGCAAAGGCUGAGAACAAUGCUGAAGCUGCAUGGCAAGGGUACGACCAUACCUAUCAGAAAUUUCAGACCUUUAAUCGAGAAUACUCUUUACCAGAGGAAUGGAAUAUCGGCACGGCGUUUGUAGAGCAACACUUUGGGCCCAGAGUUAUCCAGUCUGUUGAACACAACGACAAUAAUCCGCUUCCGGAAGGCAAUUUGCCGGAGCAUAUUGACGACAACGAUAGCGAUGUGACCGAGUUAGAUGAACUGGAAGCCAAUACAAGACAGGACAUGUCCUUUUCGGAUGGUGAGGUACUGUUUUGGUGGAAGAGGGGAACAGGAUCCCAAGUCUACGUACGCUACGGAUCGGGGUCCAAGAGCAUAUAUCGCAUUCGUGCGGGAUCCUACGAAGCGUAUGACCCAGACGGGGUUCCCUGCCUUUUCUCAACGAGCAAGCGAGGGCAAGAGAGAGAGAUGUUUACAAACUCACAGGGCAGGUUGGAAGAACGUCUAAAGUACAAGCGGGAGGAUGUUCAUGGGAUCAUUGGUGUGGGAUGGAAGAUAGAGGAUGAUGACGAAGAGGGUCUCGAGCCACUGGACCUGAUAUGGCCAGAGCCAUAUGCCAAAUAUCCUCACACCAGGGUUUUGGUCCAAUGGAAGGACAAAGAAGUUACCCUCGAAGACCGAACAUUCAUCCGCCGCAUUACCAGAGGAUCAAGUCUUCAAGGAGACCGAGUCAUCUAUCAGAAAGCGCUCACCCAGGAAGUUCGUUUCCGCCGAGACCAAGGGUUGCCCUAUGAGCAUCUGCUUGACCGAAUUCCGGGGAUGAGGCAAACUUCAUUAUCUGGAGAUGAGGAUCUAGAAAACGAAGUCAUCGGAGAUGAGUCACCAGAGGUUGACCAUGCGGAACCUGGCACCGCAGAUCGAGUUUCUGUGCGCCCUGGCAGCGUUCGGCCCGCCUCCCACCGAGAACGUUCCAAGGCUAGCGAGGUUCGAUUUGUCGAGCAACCGCGGGAACCUUCAACUCGAGCCACGCCCAGGAGAGGAAGUAUUAGACCUACCCCCAACCGGGCCUACAGCAAAUCGGCCGAGAGGGACGACGCACGUGCUGCAGAGAUAAAUUUCCUGCGAAGGCAGAUCGAAACGAUGCAGAAAGCGGCCAAUAGCCGCUCUGCUGGCAGGCGUGCGUCGAAGUGGGCAUAUGACGACAGAUAUGACGAUGGUGAGUCAGACAUAGAGUACGCACCGGAGCCAUCGCAGCGCCAACGCCGAGCGCAAAGGGGAAAGGUCUGGGACAACUGGGCCGGCAGAUGGUUUCCCGCAGGUCGCACUUACUGA